AUGGCCCGGGUGGCGCAGGAGAUCGGCGCCGAGAUGGUCCUUCUGCUGGGAGAUAACUUCUACUCCCACGGCGUGCAGACCGAGCACUCGCCGCGUUUUCACGAAACCUUCGAGGACGUUUACUGCCGCGAUCUGCCGGAGCUUCCCUUCUGGGUGGUGGCAGGCAAUCACGACCACCGCGGCAACGUUACGGCGCAGCUGGCAUACUCGCACGACUCCAAACGCUGGAACUACCCCUCGCCGUACUACAACCUGACCUAUGAGUGGAAGGCAGGGGACGGUGCGAUGAGGACCCUGGAGUUGCUGAUGGUGGACACGGUGCUCUUAGCAGGGCCGAGCGAUGACAGCUGCUUGGGUUGUGAUCUUCCCGGGCCACCGAAUGCGGUACACGCGGACUCACAGUGGCAGUGGCUGGCACAGAAGCUGAAUUCCAGCAAAGCAGACUUCCUCUGGGUUGCCGGGCACUAUCCCAUCUACAGCGCCGGUUCCGACGGCACCACCCGCAUGCUCGUGCAGAAGCUCCUUCCGCUGCUCCGUACGCACGGCGCCCACUAUCUGAGUGGCCACGACCACAUGCUGGAGCACAUCGUGACGAACGGGGUUGAGAUGUUCGUUUCUGGCAUGGGUCGGGAAUGCUGCUAUGGAACGCAGAUGAUCCACACCGUUCCGGAAGGUGCCAUCCGCUAUCUCAUCUCGGGGCACCACGGGAAGGGACCCGGGAUCGGCCCAAAGCCGAAGGAUUCGGUACACGGCGGCUUCGCUUCCUUCCGCUUCGAGGAUGACGAAGUGGAGGUGAGCUUCCACGACCAGAAGGGCGAACGGCUCUACAGCGCCAAGGUUCCUGCGCGCUCCAUGUCGCCCAGGGAGAUCGUUGUGUAA